AUGGCCGACAAGCUCGACGACGUCCGCCCCAUGUUCGAGCUGCGCAACCGCAACUUCAUCGUGACCGGAGGCGCCCAGGGCAUCGGUUUCGCCGCAACUCGCGCCAUCUGCGAGAUGGGCGGCAAUGUUGCCGUUCUCGACAUCCAGGACAAGCCAGUCGAAGAGUUCAACACCCUCGCAGAAAAAUUCGGCAGCAAGACAGUAUACAUCAAGACCGAUGUGACGGUGGAAGCUAGCCUGAACGAGGCCUUCGCCAAAGCUCUCGCCGAGCUCGGUACCAUCGAUGGGCUUGUGCCGGCGGCGGGCAUUGCGAUUGACAAGCCUUUUGUCGACCAGACCUGGGACGAGUUUACGCGCAUUCAGGAAAUCAAUGUCCGCGGAACCUUCUUCAUCGCCCAGCUAGUGACCAAGCAAAUCAUCAAGCAAGGCACCGGCGGCAGCAUGGUCCUCAUCGCCUCUCAAUCGGCCCACAUCGCCCUCCCCGGCUACCGCAUGGCCGCUUACAACGCCUCUAAGGGCGGAAUCCUGAUGCUCGCCAGGGCACUGGCCGUCGAGCUGGCGCCUCACGGCAUCCGCGUCAACACCAUCUCGCCGGGCUACGUGGACUCGGAGAUGACGCGCUCGGUGCGUGCCAUCAAGAGCAAGCGCGAGGGUGACCAGAUGUGGCUGUCGCCGCCGUUGAAGCGCCUGAGCACUCAGAAUGACCUCACGGGUGCUAUUAUCUACCUCUUGAGCGAUGCUGCUCGGCAUACUACGGCGACGGAUAUUCAGAUCACUGGAGGUUUGCAUGCGGGAACGAUCGAUGGUGUUAUUACCUGGGAGUAA